UGGUGGUGGGCCGGAAGCGGAAGUGGCGGGCAUUCGGUGGGGCGGCGGCGGCGGCCGCGCCGAGGAUGCUGCGGCUGCGCUGCAAGGCCCGGAGCGGGACGCACCCGCUGCCCGGCCUCACCGCCCACUCCCGCCUCCGCGACAUGCAGGCCGCCCUGGCCGCCCUCACCGGCGUCCCCAUCCCGGCCCAGCGCCUCCUGCUCGGCUUCCCGCCGCGGAGCCUGGACCUCAGCGAUGGCGAGCGGCGGCUUGGAGACCUCGGCAUCCACUCGGGCGAUACUCUCAUAGUCGAAGAGGACACUUCCAAACCCAAGACUGACUCGCCCGUAGUCACCAAAAGAACGAUGCCCAACUCUGUGAGGGAAGCCGUGCCUGUGCUGGCCAGGAGGGUUGUUCCGGCGGAUAACUCCUGUCUCUUCACCAGCGUCUACUAUGUGGUGGAGGGAGGUGUUUACGACCCAGCCUGCGCUCCAGAGAUGCGCAGCCUCAUAGCCCAGAUAGUAGCGAGUGAUCCUGAAUCUUACUGUGAGGCAGUUCUAGGGAAAACAAACAGGGAGUAUUGUGACUGGAUCAGAAGAGAAGAGACUUGGGGAGGAGCCAUCGAAGUGUCCAUUUUAUCCAAAUUUUACCAGUGCGAAAUCUGUGUGGUGGACACGCAGACAGUCAGAAUCGACCGUUUUGGGGAAGAUGCCGGUUACACGAAGCGAGUGCUUUUAAUUUACGACGGGAUUCAUUACGAUCCGCUCGAGCGCAAAAUCCUCGACUCGGACAUUCCUCCGCAGACCAUUUUCUCCACAACUGAUGAUGUUGUUCUCGCACAAGCGCUGGAGUUGGCGGAUGAAGCCAGACGGAAGAGGCAGUUCACGGAUGUGAAUCACUUUACGCUGAGAUGCAUGGUGUGCCAGAAGGGACUAACCGGCCAAGUGGAAGCCAGAGAACACGCCAAGGAGACCGGACACACCAACUUCGGAGAAGUGUGACACCUGCAUGAGGAUGGUUACAUCGACUACCUCACCAAUCCGGAAUAAAAUUCUGGAUUUCCUGAUAAGCUGUAUGUAAUCCUAAAAUUCCGUUCACAAAGCUUGAAAAGCGUAUUAACUUCAUGACGGCCAAGAUGCACAGGUUUGUUACACUUAGCGACCUUCCCAAUGGAUUUGAAAUGGGUAGCGUCUCACAUGCUAAUUUAUAGUAUAGUGGUAUACACUGGCAGCUAAAACCUGAUUUCUAAAAUCUCUUUGUGUACGUGAUCUGAGCCGACUUAAAACUAGGCUCGUUCAACACUAGCUUAAAAUCUAGUCUCUAAGUUGCUGAAUUAAUCUCUCUGUAUUAUGUUUUCAGGGCAAUUAACUUAAUCUAAGAGUUUAGGAAACACACGUGUCAGCGUUACUUACACUAAGAAUUGGACUCUGCGCAUACAAGCAGUUCUUGCAGGGGAAACUGCUCACUCAGUGCACGAUUUUUAAUGGAAAGUGUCUCUCAAAGCUGCCCUAUAGUAUGUUACCAUCCGAAAUAGAGUGGAUUGUUUGUGUGAAGUCGUGGCUGUAGAGAAAGAAAUGGCCUCUAAGCUUUAAGGUAGCCUUUAAAUUAACAAGUAGAUGGUGAAGUGUUGAAUAAACUUAUUAAUACUCUGUAGGUAGUUUUUAGUUGCUUGAAAAAUAACUAUCCAACCCCCGUGUUAACACUGCAUCAGAACAUAGGCAUGUUUCUUGAAAUACUUGGGAUUCUUCUUCAUAAUACUGUCUGAAAUUCCGGCAAGAGGGAAAUAUAGUAGUUAGGGAAGUGACUUGCAUCUGUUAAAUACAUUUAAGCAGACUUGACUUGGGUAUAGCCGAUUUCGCGGCCACAGUGUUACUAAGCUGUACCAGAUUCCGAAUACUGUAUAUUCGCACUUUAAGGUAUAGUUCUCACUCUUUGCUGGUUAAAAGUUUUGCCCUUUUCAGAAGGACAGAGCGCUAACCCGGAAGGGAGGCUUGAAAUUUCUUCAUCUGCCUUAAUGUGUUGGAUUUGUCAGCGAUGACUGUUCAGUAGCAAGACUUUAAUUCUGAUAAUGAAGGGUGCAGCUUAAUUUCCAGAACAGAAUAAGCUGCGUAAACUGCCCUACUUCUGGUACUGUUCAGAAUAAGGGAAGUUGAAAUGGGUUUAAUAAAUCUUAACACCUCACAGUGGGGUUGUGAGGCUUAACAGCAAGUGCUUUUGAGGUCUUUUAAAAGGUGCUGUAAAGGUGCGUAUUACUGAAAGGGAUUUUUGUUUUUUUUCCUUUGAAAUGCCUGCCACACAUUUGUUGAAUUGAAUUUUAAAAUAUUCUGAGCCUGCUGUUCUUCUGUUGCUCUGUUUCGAGUUGCCUUCCUUGCACUUUUACAACUGGGGAGCAAGAAUGUGCGUCUUUGGACUGAGGCAGAAAUAAACCUGCUUUCCAAGUGGCAUCCAAGAUCUAGUUUUAAAGGCCUCCUGGUGCAGCAAAAUCAUCUUUUCUAGAAAAAGCGCGUUUCACUGAAGUUCUCAACAGAGGCUCCCAGUUGGACCUUGAAAUACAGGAGGGUCUUACUGAAGAAGGAACACAAUUACAGAAGUGCUUUGCUGAAUCGAGACAUGAAUAAUUAAGUAUAAAGAAUAGAAUCACUAAGAGCACUAUGGACCAUGUUUCUUUUUAACUCAGUAUUAAAACACGUUAGCACUGUUGGGAGUUACCUAUAGAAAUAGACACUUCCAGUGUUAAACCCCGCCUUACUUUUAGCCUAUCAUUAGGAGAGGAAAAAAAACAACGAAAAAAGAGACAAAAACCAAACAAAACCAUUAAAACCGAUGCUUAUAAACCUAAAGAAAUACCUGCCAGGUCAAAGGAACUUGAAGAUUACACUGUGUUUGAACUACUUGAGAUGAAAUACUGUCUGAGACCAAGAGACUGUCAAUCCUACCUUGUAUUCUCAGCUCUCACGCUGAAUGGUGAGACCCCUCGGACAAGGAGCUGCUCCUCACCCUUUGCCAUCUGUAAAACGGACCCAAUAGCUACCUCAGAGAGGUGGACAAGGCGACUGCCCUCGGGUGAAGUGGAAGAUACAUAUUUAUUGUCUGCCGCGUUUGCAAACGCAUCGCCUUUUGGGGAGCAACACUUUGAUUUUCAGCUUUGUAUCCCGGAUGGAUUUCCGAAAGCGUGUAGAAGUAUUUUUAUUUGGUAUUCCUCAGUUGCAGUAUUUUAAAAAUUAGCUUUAUUUAAUCCAGAGUGUUUAGCUUUGCCAUAUCAUGUUUGCAUUGGGAAUCUACUAACAGAGAACCAGUUCCGUUUGAGGGAGAUGUGUCAAUAUCACUGCUUGGAUGUUUUCUUUUGUUGCCUAGAAAAUAAAAUCUCUUUGGUUAAAUAACA